AUGUGGAUUCUGAGUUUUAUUCAAGCUUUGGCAAUCGCCUCUACCACGCAGGCGUUCCUCAAUGGGUUUCUUUUCGGCUCCGGGAACCAAGUCGUUCUUUCCCAAAACGACGCUGCGACUCAUGACGCCAGCACUAGUGCACUCUUGAACAAGAUUCUCGAGCUGAUCGAUAAAGAAACCCCCGUGUUUUUAACUGAGGCGUGGGCCGACAUGCAAGCAAAUUUGCCGCCUGCUGAAAUCACGAAAAUGGUCAAGAAGUUUGGUGAGAACCGCGCCCCCAAAAAAGAAAAGACCAAGACCAGGCCAAGCUUGGAAGUUGAGACAGAGGGGUUUGAGGUGUUUACUGAUGGGAAAUUUCAAGACUACUCCUUGAGAGUCAAAGCUACAAACCCUGAAAUAUUGGGCCUCGACACCGUCAACCAAUACUCUGGCUACAUUGAUGUGCAAAGCAUCGACCACCACUAUUUCUUUUGGUUCUUUGAAAGUCGAAACGACCCAAAGAACGAUCCAGUUGUCUUGUGGCUCAAUGGCGGACCGGGAUGCAGCGAUGCUACGGGGUUAUUUUUCGAGUUGGGGCCAGCUUCAAUCAACGCUACCUUGCAGCCGGUUCACAAUCCUUACUCGUGGAACUCCAAUGCCUCGGUCAUCUUUUUGGACCAACCCGUUGGUGUUGGAUACUCGUACUCGGGCGGCGACGAAGUGAAAAACACAGAGACUGCUGCUAAAGAUGUCUUUGUGUUCUUGGAGUUGUUUUUCCAAAAGUUUUCCCACUUUAGCAAGAACAAGUUCCAUAUCGCGGGCGAAUCUUAUGCUGGCCACUAUAUCCCCAAAUUUGCCAGUGAGAUCUUAAGCAAUGCCGAUAGGUCAUUCGACUUGGCCUCGGUCUUGAUCGGAAAUGGAAUCACCGACCCUUUAAUCCAAGCAGGCUCGUAUGAACCUAUGGCAUGCGGACGUGGUGGCUAUAAGCCAGUCUUGACUGAGCAACAGUGCUCCAGAAUGGACCGUGACUACCCCAAAUGUGUCAGAUUGGCGAAAUUGUGCUACAAAUUCCAAACUGCAUUCACAUGCGUCCCCGCUGAAUACUACUGCGAGACGAAAUUGUUCCAACCCUAUGCUGAAACAGGCUUAAACCCAUACGAUAUCAGGAAGAAAUGUGCCGAUGAGGGCGGCAAUUGCUACGUGGAGAUGGACUACAUCGACGACUACUUGAACUUGGACUAUGUUAAAAAAGCCGUUGGUGCUUCCAACAUUGACAUCUUCACCGCGUGCGAUGAUACCGUGUUUAGAAACUUUGUAUUUGACGGUGAUGAGUACAAGCCUUUCCAAGGGUACGUUGCUGAGCUAUUGGAGAAAAACAUCCCCGUCUUGAUCUACGCGGGUGACAAGGACUACAUUUGCAAUUGGCUAGGCAACUACAUGUGGGUCAACAAAUUGGAAUAUCAAGAUGGUGAAAUUUUCGCUAAUCAACCUUUAAAGCCCUGGAUUCCCGAAAAAGUUUCAAAGUCCAACUCAGACAGCAAUGUGCAGUCGAAACCGGCCGGCCAAGUUAAAAACUACAAGCAUUUCACGUAUUUGAGGAUUUACGAUGCAGGACAUAUGGUGCCAUAUGACCAACCCAAGAACUCCUUAUCUAUGUUGAAUACCUGGAUAAGCGGGGACUACUCGUUAGGCUACACUCCCAAUUAA